AUGUUAGUUUAAGAAGAAACGAGAAAACUUAUAAAUACGAGUUGUAUAGUUAGAAUCAUUUUAUUUCUUUAUAUUAUCAGCUGUUAUUCUUAAUAAUUUAAGUAACAUAUGCUCAUCAAAAUUAAGUUUCCAAAUCGUCGACAAUUUUAGAAGAUUCUUCAGGAUUUGGAAAAACAGAAAAAUAAUUCACCAACCUGGGUAUUUGUUGUUUUCCAUGCACUGCUCCCUUCUUGUAAAAAAAGUUGAAACUUUUGGAGCCAGAGAAGAAAACAAGAAAUUGGAUUUAGUACAGGUCAUACUUUAUUAUCCCAGUUGUAUAUACACAGAAAAAUGGCUAACACUGAUGGCUUAGUAGACAGUUUUGUGGGAAGUGAGCUAUCAGUGAAAGACCGUCCCCCUAAUAGUAACCUCAAAACAUGCAUUGUUACUGCUGUGGUAGGAACAGAUUCACACUUGAGCACAGACUCCUAUAUAUGUGAAGAACCAUCUGAACAUAAUAAAGAGUUUGAUCAGACAUGUACAUAUACCAUAAGCAAACAAGAUAUUUCUGUAAUGGGGAAAGAAGGGCAAAUUUCAUCAACUUCAAGUAAUACACUGAAAAGAAAUAAUCCUGAAAGUUUUACCUACUUACAAAAAGAUUUCUCAAAGACAACUGAAACUGUAAAAACAUCUGUGAACUCAAAUUCUGAAGAUUGCAAAGCCACAGCCUUUAAGAAUAGCAAGAAGUGUAACAGUAGUUGUGAUUUAAAGGAUAAUAAUGAACAAGGUGAACUAAAAACAGUUUCUAAAGUUAUGGAAAGUUUCCAUAUUAAAAAUACAACUCCUAAUCUGGUUAAUGAUUCAGAUGAAUGUAAAGAAAAGUUUUUUGAUAGCUCUUAUCCAGAAAGAUCUAAUAUUUUAACUUGUCAAAAUAUCCAGUCCAUUUCUUUUGAGGAUGGAUAUCAAAUCAGAGAGCACAUCCAGUCAAAUGGAAAAAAAUAUGUCAGUAAUUUCUCACAAGGGCUAAAACUACCAACACAAGGAGUAGCUCUGUCAAAAAAGUUACCAAGUAAUGCUGAAGUCCAAGAAAAUAAAAAACAAACAAUAAAUGAAGGUACAGAAACAACUACAAAUUAUAAAACUGUGGUGAGGGAUGAUAUCACCACCCAUGAGAAGUUUCCCACUAAUAAUGAUGUUUCAGGUAAUCAAAUUUCUGUAUCUGCAAAAAUUGGUGCAAAUGAUUCUUUGCAUUUAAGCUCUGAAGGAAAAGGCAACUUGUUAGCAAAUACCUUAGAUCAAGAAUGUUCAUAUAUUGAUACAUGUUAUGAAAAUUCACUUACUGAUGAGAUAUUCAGUGAAAUGAUAAGAAAGGCUGGAUUUCCAGCAGCUUUUCAAGACAAGGUAGUUAUUGGAAAAUACAUUCCAAUACGACUACCUAAGCAAAAGAAUUUUAAACUACGUGAAAAUGAAGCCUUACUGCAAUGUCCUUCAAUGGUUACUCCACUCUUAAUGAAAAAAGCAGACAAGUUUCCUACAAAAAAGUAUCCUUCUGAAAUGUCAGAUUGUGCAUCUUGGAAUGGAAAUGAUAAGGAGGAUGAAAAUGAUUAUCAGUUAAUUGAAAGAUUCACCAAAAAAGACUCUCCAGUAGAUUUCUCAAGUAGUACUUCGUGUAGGUUUUUGUUGGGCAUAGGCUUAAGCCAAGCUCAAGAGUGGUGUCUGAAAGACCAAAUAAGGUACAAAAAAAGACGAAUCAAGAAGAAAGGAAUGGUGAAAAAGAUUGCAAAAGAUCUUGAGCUAUGUGUGAAAAUGCUCAAAGAAGCCAGUAGUGCUAACGAACCAUUUGUGUUCCCUCUAAAGAAAUGUGAGUUUUGUGAUUUCAAAACAGAAUCUGUACAUGCCUUAGAAGAACAUUGCACAACAGUGGAUUCAUUAUUACGCAAAGAAUAUAAAUGUCAUUUUUGUGGCUUCUGCACAAAAGACCCCAAAGCUCUCUUAUUUCAUAUAGAAGCACUGCAUAACAGAAAAGGAAAGCUAGAAUGCUCUUCAUGUAUUUAUUUCUGCACACAAUGUUCAUUUGAAACAAAUAACAAAAAAAUUUUUAAACGCCAUUUAAACAAAUGUCAGAAACAACAUGAUGGAAAUUACUUAUCUGUCCAAGAUACUCCUGCAAAGUCUUCAAUGCUGACAACUAUGAAUGAUAUCAAAGACUAUGAAGAGUAUCUUUUAUCAUGUAGAAAAGAAUCAACCCAUUAUUCUGGCAUAUCACGAAGUCUUAAGACAGUCCCACCAUGUAACCAGAAAUGUUGUUCUGUACCUUUCCAGAAACCAGUUGACAGGCCACAAGAUGUUUGUUUUGCUGCUGCUGGUCAUGGUGAUUUGUACCAACAACGUGUCAGACCUAUAGGUACCUGGCACCCUAUGUCGAAUAAUUCUUACCUGAAACCUUACCAGUUUAAUAAUAUUGGACCACUUACAUGUAGUUUUGAUAAUCCAAGUACAUCUUGUAACAGUGGUACAGAUGCAAGUUCAGAGAUUUCUCCAUCAGUUCACAUCCCCUUUCCUGCCAAUCAAAUCUAUCAAUUAAUAAGUGGUACUGGAAAAAUUAUUCCUGUGGAAAGUGGUAGCAGCAGUUCCUCUGGCUCGUAUGCUCCCCAGUAUACUUUGGUGUCUAAUUCAAGUGGUACUAGACUGGUUGUAGAUAAGACUACUACAAAUCCAUCAAGGACUGGUCUUAUUUCAGAAAAAACAAACUCACCAAAUAUAGUCCCAACAAGGCUUCAAGGACCACAUUCUACUGAGAUGACGAAGCAAAAUUCUGGUAAACAAGCAAACAGUGAGAUAGUUCCUAGUCUAAACAAUACAUUUGUGAUUUGUGAAAUAUGUGAUGGAUAUGUGAAACAAUUAGGGCAUUUACGAACACACAUGUAUUUGAUUCAUAAAGUAGAAAUCCAACCAAAGAUCCUUCAAAAUCGACCUCCUCUGAAUUGUCAAAAGUGUCAGUGGAAGUUCUUUACAGAUCAAGGACUUGAGCGUCACCUUCUGGGAGCUCAUGGAUUAGUCACGACAAAUAUGCAAGAAUUAGCAAAGAAGAAAGAAGAUGGAGGUACAUGCACCAUCUGUGGCCGUGUUUACUUUAGCCAAUUAUUAAUGCAUAUGAGUCAAAAGCAUAAAAUAAAACUGAAACCAGCAAAUCUCUCUUACAAGUGUACAGUGUGUUCAGCAAAUUUCAACUUUUAUGGACAGUUUCAAACUCAUGUUUAUUCUGCUCAUAUUGGAGCUAUCAAGAGAAACACUGCAGGCACAUAAUUACAGUCAGACAAAUGAGAUCUAUGCUAUGGGUUCCAUAAAUUUUGUGGAAUGCCAAGUGUGAGGGAUAAGUAAGGUAAAAACAACAAAAUAAUUCAGGGCACAUGAAAGUUAAAAAACAACAACGUAAAAUGUGUAUUUAAAGUAAUGUUUGAAAGCGGUGGUUGAUUUCACAAACAAAAUUGAAAAUAUUAGAUUUUAGAAGUAUUAGAAAGCUAGUCUACAUAAUGAAAUACCAUAACAGAAAAAAGAAUUAAAAGUUCUAAGUUUUAUGGGAAGCUUAGGAUAAGUGAAAAGGUGAACAAGUCUUUGUAAUAGGUGUUAAUUUUUUUUAUAUUCACAUGGAUGUAUAAGUGAAAUACAUGUUUAGACCUUUUGAAGUGAGUGAUAAAACUGGUUGUCACUGUAGUUAAAUCAAAGAAAAAUAUUUAUAGUUAAAACCCACUCUCAGAUACAAUUAUAGGUCUUUGGAGAGUAGUGGAAUACAUAUUUCUUGUUGAUCUAGUAGUAAGGCCCUGUCGUUUUAUUGUGGAAAGAUAUAGUCUCAGAAGUAGUGUCCUCUUCAACAUACAAAGUUGAUCAAGUGCCUUCAGAGGUGCAUCAUUGGUUUAAGAUCAUGAUUUCAUUUGUCAUAGCUACUAAUACUUUGAAGGUAUUUCUCUGUUUCAGAUUUUCUAUAAUGGUGCAUUUCAUUAACAUACAGUACAGUUAUAGCACCAAUCUUAAGUUGGUUAAUAUCAAAUUAUGAAUAUGUCUAAUUGAUUAAUCUGAUUAUUUGGAAAUAAUUGUUUAAAAAAAAGGCCUUAAAGCUAGUACAAAAAUUGUGUUUUUGUUUCACAUUUGAAAGGUUACCCCUGAGAUGAUAGAUUAAUCAGUUUAAUUUUCACAAACACAAAACUGCCAAUCUCUUGAUCAACAAGGAGAAGUGCUUGUUUACAGUGUUUGGUUACAGUUUAAAAUACAAAUUAAAGAAUAGCAUCAACCUUUGGAAAAAGACUAUUUUAUUAUUACUUGAAAAUCUUCUGUUUGCAUUUUUUUUAUUUCAGGAAAGAGAUUUUACUUUUUAUUUUUCAAGGUCAGUGUAAUUUUCAAAACUUUUUUUCAACUGAAGGAUGACACAAAUUUUUGAUAAAGAAAAGAUCGGGCUUGUUCAAAGUUUUAAUGUGCUUAACUCGCCUAGAUCUACAAUACUGCAACUUGUCAAUUUAAUAGAAUUAUAGAAAUAAAAGAAUUUCUGAUUUGAAAAAAUGGAUGAAAAAUGCAAUUUUCGUGUACUUUAUUAAAAUACAAAUGUAAUCGCCCAAUAAUGGAACAAAUGUAAAUGUCAUCAGGCACAUUGUGAUAUUAAUAGAAUAGUAUGUAUAGAAACUCAAUAACACACACACAUGUAGAGUUCUUAUAAAACCAGAAGAUACAGUUGAUGGAUGAGAAUUAUCCAGGAAUCCUUAGUUGUGUAACUGUGAUUUUCAAAAAUUUAACCAAUUACCAUUUAUUAGUCUUUAUUAUCAUAAUCCUGUAAAAUUAUCAAAGUGACUUAGAGUUUUAUAUCACUGACAUUUAUACUUUGUAUUUGUUCAUUAAUUGUAGAAAGCCAAGGAAAAAUUUUAUUGAUAAAUGUUAUCUUUUACAUAUGUAGAAUCUGUUGUUUGUAUCAAAGAGUUAAUGACUUGGAUUAUAUGAGCAUGUAUCUGAAAGUGCACUAGAAAAUUUCUGGUUAUGGAAUAUCAGUUUUUUUUUAGAAAAAACAAAUUUUAAUGCUAAACAUCAUUAAAUGUUAGUUUUUUCUGUUGUGUGUGUACACUUCAUUUCAUUUAUAGUUUAUCGAGAUUGAAUUUAUGUUCAUUGUAAGGUAUUGUGACUGUCAGAUUCCUCAAAAAUUUGGAUACAUUAAUAUCUUCAUUCAUCUUUCAAGUGUCAUUUAAAAUAAUGUGAUAAAUUAUAACUGAACUCUACAAUCUGUUACUGAUGUUAAGAAAAAAUUAAGAUAAACCACCAGACUAUUCAUGACUGUAGCAACUUAUUUAGGCUUUAAAGCUUGUAAAGAGCAUUUGUAAUAUUCUGAACACAAUACAUUAUUCAGUGGUAAAGAAACAUAAAAUUAUUAAAUGUUCUUUAGAAUAUUAAAAAAUUUUGAUUGUACUGAUGAGGAUUAUAUAACAUCAAAGCUUUGAAACUUGUGCAUUUUGUGUACGGUAGCUGAAAUUUGAGUAUUAAUGAGAGAAUAACAGGUGGAAGUUUUUGAAGUGUGUAAAAUAAUGCUGGAGAUGCAACUGCUUUCACCAUAGCUCAUACUUAUUGCUUCUUUUGAACCAAAUGUCCAUAUUAACAAGAUUAACCUAACAAUAUGGAUGAUGUAUGUAAAAUCUAUUGUGCCUUACAUUUUAGGUAAUGUAUAUUCUACGUUGUCUGUCAGACUUGUGUUUCCUUGUGUUAAUCUUAACAGUGGUACAAUAGUAGGUUAUUAGAAAUGUUCAGUGGUUCUCCAUUUCAAAGUGCAAACCAAUUUAGUCACUCUUUUCUUAAUUCAUAAUUAAGUCUUUUUGAUAUUUUGACAGAUCAAAUACUUUUUUUUUUUACCAGCUACUUUUUGUAGAUAUUACUAAUUAGUCUAAAAAUCAUCAUUUACCAACUUCAUGCACUUUUGAACAAGGUAGCUUGUCACAUAUUUGGUUUUUGAAGGCACAAGAUUGGAGUAUAUCUUGUUGAGUCAUCUUGAAAUGCUUUCUUUUAAUUUUACAUGCUCUGUUAAGUUUCUGACACAUAUUACAUGUUUGAAAUAGAAGACUGGAAAGUACAAAUUAAUUACCUGGUUGAUAAGUCAUAAAACACUACCAAGGCAGCCUUGAAACAUAAAAAAA